AUUAUUUACAUGGUUAUGCUUACAGAUGGCUGAAGAGGAGGAAACCAGGGAGGUGCUCUUUCCAGAUUGGGAGGGUCCAGACAAAACUGGAUUGACCAUUGAACAGACAGGAGGAGAGAUCUUUGUGAAGGAGGUGAAAGGAGAGUCACCUGCAGCACGGUCUGGAAAAGUAUAUCAAGGUGACCAGAUUGUAGGCGCCACUGUCUACUUUGAUAACAUGAGCUCAGAAGAAACAGCUGAGCUACUGAAGACAUUAAACCGGCACAAGGUUGGACUGAAAUUACAAAACAAAGGAGAUAAAUCCCCUUACUGCUCGCCCUUGAGCACACCAUGUCGUUCACCAAUGGGAACCCUGACAUGGGAAGGGAAGACCCGGUUUGGAGGUUCCAGUCCAGACAUCAUCCUUAGUGGGGAUGAUGAUGACUAUAAAAGAAUAUACACAAAAAAGAUUAAACCAAGACUGAAGUCUGAAGACCUUGCAGAGGGAGUAGAUGUUCGCACGGAGCGGCACAGCAGCACAAGCAGCGAUGGCAGCACAAUUACUACCAUCACCCGCCGCAUCACUACCUACACUGUGGAUAUGCCAGGUGGCAUAAGUGAGCAACUUGAACUUUCAAGCCCAGAGUUCAAGGGGCUUAGGCACGAAUCUGGAGAUGGCUCUCCUCAUAUCAGAAUCUCACAUGGCAGCCCUUCAGGUAAAGUGGGAGCAGAAGAGGGAGUUUUUGAGUCAAGCAAUGUCUCUUACACUGGGCCCCAAGUUAGUUCCACAGAGACACGCUGGGGCAGUGGGGGAGUUCAGACGACAACAAUUAUAAGAGAGGGAGAAAGAGAAAGAGUUACAGGUCUCAAAUUUAAAGGGCCUAAUUUAGGAGUAGCAGGGGGUAAAGGCCAGGGAGGCUUUGAGAUCUCAAGAGGGAGUGGAGAGCAGGGAGAUGGAAGCAUUCAGGUGUCAGAAACAAGCACGACAUUAAGAGACAGCACAAACACUGGUAGUAGGCAUAUUACAUUUGGAGGGUUGGGAAAUGCAGAGGUAACCUCAACUGAUGAGAAUGGAGGGUCAGUUAGUCUGUUUUACCAGGAAAAAGCAUGCAUAUUUUGACUUCAACCACAGAUAAAACACAGAAGGGAAGUAUUGAUUUAGGUGAGAGGACAAAGGUGAAAGUAUCUGAAACUACCAUCGGUCACCCGCAGGCAAAGGGAUCAGA